AUGCCUAGUUGUCUAGUUUGUGGAAGAACCAACAAUGCCAAAGCUAAAUCGGCUAAUAUAACUUUUCAUAGAUUUCCGCUUAAAGACACUUACAAGAAUAAAUGGUACAAUUUUUUGGGAGAAAAUGGCAUACUACCUGAUAAAGUAUCAAAGACAAGUUUAGUUUGUUCAGCACAUUUUGACGAUUCAUUUUUUGUAAUGGGAAAGGAUAGAAGACUGUUACUUAAACAUGCUAUUCCAACCAGGUACUGGAACCUUGAUGAUUUUGAAGGUUCCGGUUCCGGGUUCCGGUUCCAAAACCGGUUCUUUUCGGUACGGUUCCAGUCCCUGAUUCCAACUAAAAUUAUCAACAGAAUAAAAUGUGCUAAACAACAAUACUCAGAAACUGUAACCAACUUGCCUGUAAUUAAAACUUUUUAUACUAGUUCUGCUAGCGAUUCAGUUGAUAAUAUUGCUUCUUUAAAUGUUACCAGAACUUUAGUAAAGUGUCCUUUGAGCAAUAUAGAGGUAGACGGAGUAUCUUUGUUGGAACCAGUUCAAUCAAGUUCUAGUGAAGAAGAAGGAGUACUACCAUUAGACAAUUCUUCUGUAUCAAUGAUGAAUUGUGAAACAAUCACACCCAAUAAAAAUAUCUCGAAUGUACUUCACUCAUCCACAAUGUCCAUAGACACCGAGAUAGUUCCAGAUGACACUCCACGCAAAAUCGCAUUGAAAAAAAAUCUUCGCCAACUAUCACAUGAAGUCACUAUCAAAAAUAUUAAAAUGAAAACCCUUCAGCAAAAAAUAAGGCGCCAAAGUAAAAGAAUUUCAUCUAUGAAGAAUAUAAUUUCCGAGCUUCAAAAACAAAAUUUAAUUGACGAGGAAGCCAGUUAUACCCUGUCUGAAACUUUUGGUAAGCAUAAAGAUUUGAUAACCAAUUGGACAAAAAAAAAAUUAGGUAAAAAAGUUCCAAAGAAAUAUAGUGCCACCAUUCGUCAAUUUGCUUUAUCAUUACAUUUUUUUUCUGCUAAAGCAUAUUCGUAUGUAAGACAGCAGUUUGACACGAUUUUGCCUCAUAGUAGAACUCUUAGUAAAUGGUACAGAAAUGUCAAUGCUGAACCAGGUUUUACUGAAGAGUCGUUAAAGAUGCUAACUCUUAAAGUAAAUAAUUCACCCCAUCCUAUUUUAUUAGCUUUGUCUAUGGAUGAAAUGGCUAUAAGACAACACCUGGAAUUUGAUGGUACUAAGUAUUAUGGAAGGGUUGAUAUGGGAAAUUAUAUGGAUAAUGAUAGUUUAAACACAGCUAAACAAUGUUUAGUUUUUAUGGCAGUCUCGGUAAAUGAGAAUUGGAAGUUACCAAUUGGUUAUUUUGUAGUGGAUGCUUUAAAAAGUGCACAGAAAGUUGAACUAGUUCGCCACGCAUUAAAUGUAUUGAACAGCACUGGUGUAAAAGUCUUGAGCUUAACAUUUGAUGGUUGUUCUAGUAAUAUUAGUGCAGCUCAACUUUUAGGUUGUAAUUAUGUUUUGAGUGCAUUAGAUACAUCUUUUUCUUCUGGCUUUGAAAGUAAUCCAAAAAUUGUAACCCUUUUUGAUCCUGCACACAUGAUCAAAUUGGUUCGUAAUGCUUUUGGUGAAAAGAAGGUCUUUAAAGAUAGUGCAAAUAAUGAAAUAAAAUUUGAAUAUGUCCGGCAAUUGUGUUAUUUGCAAGAGAAGGAAGGAUGCCAUCUUGCUAAUAAACUGCGAAAACAGCAUCUUCUUUAUUUCAAACAAAAGAUGAAAGUAAAACUUGCAACCCAACUACUUAGUCAGUCAGUAGCAGAUGCAUUGACAUUUUGCAAAGAUAGCCUCAAACUAAAAGAGUUUUCUAAUGCAUGUGCUACCAUACAAUUUAUCGAACUCUUUAAUACUGGCUUUGACAUAUUAAACUCAAAAUCUAUCAACUGUGUAGGAUUUAAAAAAGCACUAUGUGAAGAAAACAUUCAAGAAGUUAGAUUGUUCACAGAAAAAAUGACAACAUAUAUUAAAGGUCUUAAAAUUCAAGAUAGACCAGGAGUUUUUACACCCGUACUUGAAUCACAACGAAAAACUGGGUUUCUUGGAUUUAUAGUCAGUUUAAAUAGUAUUUUACAGCUAUAUACUUUGUUUGUGGAAACUGAUGUCUUACAACAUAUAAAAAUUUAUAAAUUAAGCCAAGAUCACGUAGAACUGUUUUUCGGUAGUAUAAGGGCCCACGGUGGGCAUAACAAUAAUCCAACAGUGAGGCAGUUUCGUUCAGCAUACCAAAAAUUAGUUAUCAGAACAAAUGAUAUACAAAGUUUUAAUACUGGUAAUUGUAUACCACUUGAAGAGAUAGAUAUUCUUCACUACUCCAGUUCAGAUCCAGUUACUGUUUUAAAUAACAAUUCUUCAGGUUGCAGUUUUGAUCCAAUUGAUGAAGAAAAUGAACAAGAUAUUUCUGCAUUUAUAAUGGACCAUGAUUAUAUUGGAAGUCACAGUUCAUACUCUUUUAGUAAUUUUUCAAAAGAAAUCAUUGUUUAUAUUUCAGGAUUUGUAGUUCAUAAAUUGACCAAUGUACUGAAAUGUGAUGUUUGCAAACAUGCAUUGUGUGCUGCCGAAAAAGAAUGUUUUCUAAAUUCGUUGAUAACAUUAAAAAAUAAGGGAGGCAUUCAUGGUGGACUUAUUUUUCCAAGCGAAGAUGUCAUAGAUGUUUGUUUCAUUACAGAAAACAUUUUGAGAAAAUAUGAUUAUACUUCUAAAGCUGUAAAUAAAUUACAAGUUCAAACCGAUGUCCUUAAACAUUUUGUAUUUAAUUCAAAGAUAUUUAAAUCAUUAAAAAAUCAUAGUACUGAAACCAGAAGUCCAUUAGCCGACCAUACAACUCUUUUAAUAAAAUCUAUAUCUUCUACUUAUAUAAAUAUAAAAAUAAAUUACAGUUUAAAAAAACACAAUGAAACCCCUUCUGUUCGGAUGUGGUUUAAUAAACUUACUCUUUUUAAAGGACAAUAA